ACAUCAUACUGUAUUAGAGAAUUCUCGAGGUAGUAAAUUUACACCAGCGUGGGCACAGGACUCCGUGUCGUUUGGGUAAUGGGCAGGUAUCGAAAAAACGAUUGUGGGAUUUGAGGCAUUGGUUUGAAUUAGGGGGGAUAUCUGAUUGGUGCGUUCGGAAAUAUUCGGAAUAAGUUUGAAGAUAAAAAGAGUUCACCCAUCUCACCCGACGCUGGAAAUGAAGUCCUCAUCAACUUAUCCUUCGUAUUCAAAUGUCGCCGAAAAAAUUCUUUUGUUUGAAUCGAAGUCUUCUUUAGAGACUACCUUCAACAAUAAAGAGGAUAUCGUCUAUCAAAAAUACACAACCUUUUCGUCAGAGACGGUGUCAACAUCAACUUUACGACUUAGCAAUGGUGUUCUGAAUCCAAAACUGGCAUGUGACUUCAGCUUCGCCGAUCGCUCUUCUUCAUUUUCCAACUUUGUUGAAAAUUUCGACGAAGAGAGUACAUACGAAAGAAGGGUGAUGACUGGCACGAUAAAUGUUAAAAUUGCACCAGGGUCAAAUCAGCUGGAGCAGAAUAACCGGGCGGCGAGAAAUGCGAACGGUUUCGCAGAUGCACUUGAUGAGUCGUCAGAUUCUAGUCGAGAAGAGGGAGAUGAUGAAGAAAUAUCUCUGGACGAUGCAAGAAAAUAUUCUUCGGAUACUCGAUCCUCAAUCGUUUGUAAAAUGACAAAUCGAUCCCCCAACCGGUCUUCUGGAUACGCCCCGUUCUAUGAAGAUUCGUACAGCAGUACAGAUCAGGAUGAAAGCGUUCAAGAAUCGAUGGUUUUUAGAAAAAAGCAUCAAUCUGAAACGACUCUUCUUCAAAAAUAUCAAGAUCGAUUAAAUAAUAAUGAAGACGAGGAAAGAGUGUCGAAUUAUUCCAAUUCACCAGAAGAAACUGACGACAACAAGUCUCCAAACGAUGACGUCUAUGAUUCUGAUUCAAGCACGGAAUUCUUGUAUUGCCGAGAAAAAUGCGUUCGUCAUUUUGGCCCCGACAGCAUUGAUGACACAAACUCUAGCCACAGCGAAUCGUUUCACGAGAACCAAUUUUCUUCUGACAAAAGCAGUACUAGUUGUACAUCUGGGUCCGAAUCGAGCAUUUGUGCAAAUCAGUAUGGAUCAGUGAAACGGUCAUCCAACGCCUUCAGCGACGAUGACGACGACCUUCUUCGUUCACGUGAAUCUUGCAUAAAACGUUUCCGUAGCAACGAAGGGCUUGCUGUAACGCCACCGGACUCCGACGCAAACCUUGAAUACGCCCAAUACUUGUCUGGAAGUGACGAUUCUCCGCUAGGUGCGUCAUCUUGCACAACGGAAUCGACAGUUUACUAUGCCUCAUCACCAAUUGUAGGACAAGAAGCGGAAUAUGGCAACGUUGGAUACCCCCUCGGACAGAUUGCUAAUCUACCUUUGAAUUCCGACAAUUCUCUAACUCAUGCUCAUGUUCACGGAGCCCACGCAGACCACCCCACAGCCGGAAAAGACUACGGUGUCGAAGAUGACAACGUAUAUUACAGAUCACCGGAAUAUCAGGAUACAAAAGAUUUUCUGGAUCUUUUCCAUGAUCCAGACACGAUACUUCCCUUUCAACUCCAUCCUAUUCAUAUUGAAGAUAUGGUUCAAUAUUACAAUUUCAUGUGUGAAAAAGAAUUGGUGUCGCAUCCAUCUCAUUGUCUUCGCGGACAGCCAAAUAUAAAGCACAGUAUGAGAAGUAUACUUGUCGAAUGGCUCACCAAAAUUUCACACCAUUACAAGUUCAACGGUCAGAGUUUACAUUUGACCAUCAAUAUUCUUGACCGCUAUACUGAAAGACAGAAAAGAAUUUAUCGUGGUCACUAUCAGUUGCUUGGAGUUACUAGCUUGUUAGUUGCCACUAAACAGCUAGAAGUUGAUAUUCCACCGGUUACCACCUGCCUUAUGCUUUGUCGUAACCUGUAUUCAAAAACGCAACUUCUUUCGCUCGAGCGUCACCUACUGGAUAUACUAGAAUUUGAUCUGAAUGUUCCAACCGCUCACUCGUUUUUGGAUUACUACGUCAUAUCGAGAUACGAGCAAAACUCUGACAGACGGCAGAUUGGGACAUUCGGUGAUUGGCAAGCCCAACGUUGCAAGAGUCGACCACCGAGCUACCUAAAAAAGUUGCUCUGUAUUUCACGAUGCCUCUUGGACUAUGGACUAGCUGAUUACAACUUUUCUCAAUUCAUACCAUCAAUAGCGGCAAGGGCCGCUAUGACAAUUGCGGAGAAUAUUCUUGAGGAUGCAAUAUCUUCAACAUUUUGGCCACGACCUUACAGAUAUCUUGACUCGGUUGAUUCCAGAUUUAUUGAUGGCCUGGCGAGGAGUCAAGAGUUUUAUCAUCGAAGAACAUCUGCUAAAACCGCCAAUGAUAGCAGCCAAUUAUUUUCACGAGGUAUCAGCGAGGAAGAUUUCACUGAAGAAGGAGACAUUCGUGUUUGUGUUGGUGUUCUUCGUGACGUAGUGGGUGACGACAAAAUCGCACACAUUCAAGAAACUCUGGAUAAUGUGGUAAAAAGAUACACAUUUGAAUAGACGAAUACGUGCUUUAAUGGGCAAAUUUAGUCUGAUUAGCAUGACGAGCAUUUUCAUUCUUCUGAGCAGAAGUUGUCCUAUCAAGUGCUCAUCUGCCCAGUGAGUGAUUUGGACAACGUGUUCCUAAUAUUGUGUGAUCACUGUUUUUCGACCCAGGCAUUUUGCUGGGCGGUCUUUCGUAGCUAUCCGUUCCAUCAGUAAUGCUACGUAUAACUCAAAUCAAUGCUGAGUUGAUACACAAUAAUGGAUUAGCAUCACUGAUGUAGUACUUAACAUAUUGUGUUAUUUAGCUCUAUUGUUAUAAUUCCUAUUAAAUUAUCCCUUAUUUUAUCAAAUUUAUGCUUAUUUUUACUGCUUCAUGCGGGGGUUUAAUUAUCAUACGAAUAUAUGGAUUCUUGAUCAUAUACCCACUACAUACAUAACGCCUUCUUGAAAUAUUGGAGUAUAAAAGGAGAAAAGGGCUUAGUUUUUUUGAAACUAUGAUUACAUAAUUCACAUUUUCUAAAAUGUAAAUGUUGUCUAGAAGAUUACUAUUACUGCCUGUGCUUUUUUGUAUUGAAGAGCAAUUAAUUUUUGUUCUGUUCUUGUGGGGUUUUAUCUUCAUUUUUCAGUAAUAUUAGUAAAAUGAACGAAACGAAGAGGUUAAUAACGAUAAUGUCUUAAGUUAAAAACGAUGAUGUCUUAAUUUAACGAUAUCAAUAACUCAAAUUUAUAUUUUUGUAUCUUGUUUCCUUUACUUUAUUGUUUAUUUAUUGUAUUGUAUGAAAUUUGUUGAAGAGAUAUAAUGAACGUUGCGACUUCUACGUGGAAAACACUGGCGCUAUAACAUCAACUUUCUGAAAUCACCAUUGGUUGAUGUGAGGUCCUAAUUCGCCUAUCACUUGACCGUGGUACAUUUCUUAGCAAAUGAAAAUAUAUUGAUCAUUUUGAUUAAUUGUGCCGAGCCGACUAAUAUCGGUUUAGUUUGGCUGUUAUCCAAUUAUUUGUUUAAGUGUAAUUGUAUGUACUUAUGUUCCAUUCACAAAUACACAUUGUAUUGAAUUAA